AUGGCGGCAGCUGACAUUGCUCCCCAGUUUGGAGCGGAGCUAAAGGACAACUUCAAACCAGUCAAUGCGUGGGUAUCGAACGGCAUAUCGUGGCUAGACGAGAUCCAACAAUUCUAUCGCGAGCGAAGCGCCAUCGAAAAGGAAUAUGCGGCGAAGUUGUCGGCACUAUGCAAGAAAUACCAUGACCGCAAAUCCAAGAAGAUCAGCUCUUUGAGUGUCGGCGACACCCCUUCCUUGACCCCCGGGUCCCUCGAAAGUGCUUCGUUGACGACGUGGACAACCCAACUGAAUGCUGUCGAAUCCCAUGCCGCCGAGCGAGACAAAUUUGCGACGGAAUUGGUCGGACAUGUGGCAGAACCGCUGAAACACGCUGCUGCUCAAUUCGAGGAGAUUCGCAAGUGUCAUGCUGACUAUCAUACCAAACUGGAAAAGGAACGCGAGGCUUCUUAUGGCGAAUUGAAGAAGGCCAAGGGUAAAUAUGAUGGUGCUUGCCAGGAGGUUGAAUCUCGCCGGAAGAAGACGGAAUCAUCCUUCGACCAUGGCAAAGUCAAGGCUCAGAAUGCAUAUCAACAGCAGAUUCUCGAGAUGAAUAACUAUAAGAAUCUCUAUCUUAUCAGCAUCAAUGUCACGAACAAGCUCAAGGAGAAAUUCUACCACGAAUACGUCCCUGAGGUCUUGGAUGGAUUGCAAGAUCUGAACGAAACCCGAGUUCGAAGACUCAAUGCAUUGUGGUCCCUUGCUGCGGAACUCGAAAAGUCCUCCCUAACAAACUGCUUAAACCAUUCCACCAAUCUUCUGGCGGAGAUUCCUCGCAAUGAUCCUCGACUUGACUCCAUGAUGUUCCUCCAGCACAAUAUCUCCCAAUCACAGGAGCCUGCGAACAUGGGCUUCGAGCCUUGUGCGGUGUGGCACGAUGAUGCAUCCAUUAUUACCGACGAGUCAGCCAAGGUAUUCUUGCGCAAUGUACUUGGAAAGAGCAAGACGCAGGUACGCGAAUUGCGGGUUGAGGCGGAUAAGAAGAGACGCGAAGUAGAAAAUGGCAAAAAGGCGCGCGAGGGCAUUCAGCAAGGCAACGACAAGCGCAAUGAGGUCGACGUCGUGCGAGGCAUUUUCUAUCUGCAGGAAGCUCUACAUGAGGUGGAACGGAAGUGGGUCACUGCGGAGGUGGAAACAUCCACUAUCAUAUCCGUGGCAGGAGACUUGUCUCUAGGAGCCAAGAAUCACAAUUUCCGAUCGCAAACCUUUAAAAUCCCCACAAACUGUGAUCUCUGUGGUGAGCGCAUCUGGGGUCUUUCUGCCAAAGGCUUCGACUGCCGGGACUGUGGUUACACCUGCCACAGCAAAUGUCAGAUGAAGGUGCCUGCCGAGUGCCCUGGCGAGCAAACGAAGGAAGACAAGAAGAAGCUCAAGGUCCAGCGACAGGAGCAAGCUGGGUCCGUGCCGGCAGUCGAUGGUGAUUCCGCUACAGCAUCCAGUGCUGCACCAUCUCUUACUCGCCAGAACACCAUGAACUCCCUCAGCUCGGGAUACGCUGCCAGCACCGCUCGAUCGGCCUCGGUCACCAAUGUCGCAGCGCAAGCGACUCCCGAAAGCCCGGCAGAAGCUGCCCCUGCUCCUGUGGCAGACACAAAGCCCGCUGCAGCUAAACGUCACAGAGUCUUGGCUCCACCUCCAACUACAUACGUGAGCCCGCCGCCUAUCGCCGAGUCUCCAAGAUCACAGGAGCCGCGGGGUAAGAUGGUUUACGCAUUCCAAGCGACUGGAGCCGAUGAGGUGACAGUCCAUGAAGGGGAUGAUGUGGCCAUCGUCGAGCCGGAUGACGGAUCUGGCUGGAUGCGUGUUCGCGUGGGCUCGCAAGAAGGUCUCGUUCCAUCCUCAUAUGUUGAGGCUGCGCCAACGCCAUCACCCGCACCAUCGGCAAGCCCGGCGUUCACCGACCGACCGGGCUCAAUAUACUCGAACUCCUCUGCCUCAUUGGCAGGGAGUGCGGCGCCGAAACGCGUGGGCCCGGCAGUGGCGCCCCGCCGCGGCGCCAAGAAAGUUCAGUACGUCGAAGCCUUGUACGAUUAUGAGGCGCGCAGUGAUGCAGAGUGGUCGAUGGCAGAGGGCGAUCGAUUUGUUCUUGUGACUCGUGAUAGUGGCGAUGGGUGGGCAGAUGUGGAGCGUGGUGGACUUACUAAGAGUGUUCCUGCAAACUACAUCCAGGAGGUGUAG